AUGGCUUCCACAAUGACGACCGAAUCCCGAUCCGCCUUACGUGAUAGACGCAAUGCCGUACCGCUCCUGCUUUCGUCUUUUCCAGCACCUCCUACGCACAUUCCUGCUUCCCCAUUUACCCCGCUGAGCACUCCUAUCAGCGUUCCUACAAGCGCUUCCUCCGGCAUCCUUAAUCCCCCUCCUUCAUUACCUCCUUCAUCACCCCUUCCUCCCGUCCCAGGCCCGUCUCCCAUAACCGAACAUGAGACGCUUAUGUUUAUAUCUGCUGCUCGCUCCCGCAGAGCCUCCAAGCUUUCCCUCGCGUCUUCCUCAAGUUAUUCGCGACGCAAUUCGACGGCUACUCUUGCCAGCAAUGGCAGCGGCAGCAACGCGAGUGUUCCUUCCUUAUCUCUCUCAGUAAGUGCCACACCCGUUGACUCGUCUACACGCUCCCUCCGCACGCUCUCUUCCAACGGAUCGCUUCCAACCUGUUCGCGGCUCCAAGACAAGUCGCCUACAUUCGAGCCGAGAAUCCGCGAAGAGGAUGCGGCGGAUCUCAGCCGCAUGUCGCUUGACGAGAUCAUUAUGCACUCGCCCGUUUCAGACAGUGAAUACAGCGACGACGAGAAAGUGCUCGAGGUUGGUCUGUCUGCUUCUGGUCGUCGUCGGCACGCUCCAAACGACUCAAUAUCCUCCAUCGACAUGCAAGACUUACCACCGCUGCAUGAGGAUGAAGUUGAGAUGCCGAUUGCCGUUCCCGCUCUAUCACCUGUCUGUCCUGAGUUUGCAAAUUCCCCCAAACGCUCCAGCACCUCGAGCCGGAUCAACAAGGACCUUCCGCCACUACCAACGGAAGCGCGAGGACCGUCCACAUCAACUGCGCCUCCAGACACUCAAAGAUCCGACAGCCCGGACAUUCAGACCAUCCUCGCCACCACACCUCGUCCACGUCGGAAGUCGUCCACAUCUGCAUUGUCCACACGGUCUCGAUCAGCAUCUCGAAGUCGGUCUUCACGCUCUGCUCUAAGACGGCACGUCAGCGAAGGCAUCUCCAUGCCUCGUUCAAGGAUACACAAGAGCGAUCCACGUAGGACUAGUGAAGCAUCUCUCCCGCUCCCUGAACGGAGAGGACGGCCAGGCGAGCCAGGCGAAUCUAUGCGGAAAGACGCGCGGGACGUUGAGGAGUUUUGGAACGAUGAUUCAUUUGUGUCUGAUUAUGGGACACCGUUGGAUGGGACUGGGACGCCGAUGGAGCUUUUCGACAAAGAAGAGGAGGAUCGACUGGAGAGAGAACUGGAGGGUGACGGAAGUGAUACUGAUUCGAGCUUGGACAUUCACACGCCUCUGCCGAAUCUGAUGUUGCGGGACGGAUUGCUGUCGCCUCACUCAAAACUGCUACCCCAAUCACAACAGGCGUCGCCAAAUGGUCGGCCUGGCAGUCUCAUGAGUAUUGCGUCUACUGUGGGAUCUGUGAUGACAAAAUCCGGUCUAUACAAAGAUGAGCGCGAUACGCAGAAAAGGCGAUGCAGACAUCGGGAUGGCAAGCUUCUCCGAGGCGGAAUCGGGCUGACGACUGGGCUUGGCUGGAGCGACAGCGAGGAUGAAGACGCGCCAUCACCACUCACUCGCCAGUUGUCUUCGACUUCCCUGAGCCGCAAGUCUCUUCCGUCUUCUCUUCGGUCAUCCCACCCCCUCUCCCGCUCUGUCAGUGCCGCCAGUAUCGAUACCCAUUCAACAGCCGAAACUGGUGCUGGGAGACAUCGGGAUGAUAAAGGGCGCGCAUCAUUUCCAUUGGACCGGACCCGGCGCUUAGUGCCUGUCUCCUUGGAACAGAAGAUUAGUUUAAGCAGUGCAGGGUCUGCGUCCUUGCGUGGAUUUGGCCCGCAGUCUCAUGCGUCAGCUUUGUCGCUCCGCUCAGCGUCUUCCUCGGGUCGCAAGGCAACUUUAUCGAGUGCUCAUCUCGAUCAUAUCAACGAGAGAGAAGAGACAAGUUUAGAAUCCCCAUCGUCGUCGUCAAGCGCCAGCCUUCCGAUGCCACUGACUCCUGUUGGCUCGGAUGUAAUAGGGUCGAAUCGUACCAGUGGCGCCUCGUUGCUGUCUCAGCGUUCACGAAAGAUGUCCUCCGAAUUUGACCGCCAUUUUCCAACCGACCCUGCUUCCCACAUCAGUGCUGUUUCGUCAAAGCGCACUCCAUUCACCCGAUCCACAAGCGCCGGAAGUAGCAUUGCGACUAGUAUGAGUACUCCUCCGUCAUCUUACUCAGGACCCAAGUCUGCCCAGGUUCCUAGGCCGCUGCGGUUGUCACAACAGAGUAUUCUACGGCGCGCGCCUGAUGGUAGCUAUCGGCCUACAGUCUCAACAGGAAGUGCAGGAAAGAGUGGUAUUGGUACUAUUAAUGGUAACAAUCAUUGUUCUGCACCCACUGCCAGCAAGAUGCGACAGUCUGACCCUACAUCGUUGUCAAAAAGCUCACCCUCCCCGGCUCUGGGAUUACCCCGGAGUGGAUCCCGCGAUAUGACUCUUCAUAAUGGAGAUCAUUCUACCGGUCGUGACAUUGCGAUGAAAUUCCCGUCAGUCCCUGACACAAAGCUGAGGCCCCGAACCGGUACUGGCAUGACGUAUCGUUCAUCCUCAAAUCCUGCCGCACGCCCAAGCAUGAUGCGCACCCCCAGCUCAACUCGACUCAACGCAUCCUAUAACACCGACGUUGGUGUAGCGAUCUAG